GUUUUCCUCCAUACCAGAUUACCAGUAUACCACUAGCUUCUCGAUACAGUUCACAAACUCUUCUCUCCAUUUUUAAUGACAAUUUUCCUCAAAUCAACUCUGCUAUGGACUAUCAAGCAUCAAUUUUAUUGGAGCAAACCUUCCAGAUUACAAGUUUUGUACCUCAAGAUAAGAUGUUAUGGUUCAUCAUUUUUAUCUUAUUUCAACAGCCUUGAUUUCUUUGAUUAAUUAGGAUGAAUUACCUCGAUGGUAUGGUUGUAAUUUUCAGGGAUGAAGCGCAGAAAGCCCAAUUUGCUGCUUUAUCUGCUAGACCUAUGGUACCCACUAGUGAUCAGAGCUGCAUGGGAGCACUCAGGAUUGAGCCGAGUAUCAGAUAUCUGUGCAACCAACUUGGCUGGAAUGAUUAUGCUGAUGAUGUCCACAAGACCUACAGAAACCUUACUCUAGAGUUCCUUAGCUCCUUAGAUUAUAACCCAUGGGUGGGUGAAGGAGAUGACCGAGGGCGGAUUAACUUCAGAUUGUUUGGCACUGAGUACACCCUGAACAUCAAGGAGUUUGGAGAUUUACUUGGUUUCCAAACUGGACCGACCGCCAUCACUGAGACGCCACUGAAUUACUUUUUGAGCAGAGAUAUUGACAAAUUUUGGCAGGACAUUACUGAUGGAGCUAGCCUUGACCCUUCUACCCAGCUGUCAAGGAAGAUCCACAAUCCAGCUUUCCGAUACUUUGAGAUGAUCCUUUGCCACACAUUCUUUGGGAGGAGCUAUGUUGACCACCUAGUCACUGCUGAGGAGGUCCUAUUCCUAUACUAUGCCAGCCAGUCUAGACCCAUCGCUAGUGGAGGUUUUCUGAUAGAGAGCUUAGACCAGACUGCCCAAUCUACUGCAGGAUUCAUACAUUCCGAAGGGAAUGUAACGCAGAUAGCCUCUGCUCUGGGCUUGGACAGGAUGUUAUUUCAGCUGACUCCAUACUGUGGGUAUACCUUUCUGGAUCUAGAUUUCUGUAUGGAUCGUGGACUCAUGAGGAGGGCCUCCUUCCAUCCAUAUCAGUAUAGGUUACUCAUUGACGAUCGGACAGUUUACACAUUUACCCUGCCAGACCCUCAGAUGACAUGUGUUUCCAACCCUGCUAACUGGAACUAUUAUGUGGAGGGUUGGGGUGAGACAUCAUAUUAUACGCCUGAGUACACUCCUGGCCCUGAGGACCCCAUUCCUGAGUACACUCCUGGCCCUGAGGAUCCCGUCCUGGAGUACACACCCGGAUCCGAGGUUGUGCACACUACUGUUCUUACUAACAACCUCAAUUUGCAAGAACAUGACAUUCACACUCUAUUGAUCGCUAUGCGCACCGAGAUAGCCACGCUCCGCAAUGAGGUGGUUGACCUUCAUCUACAGUUGGAGCUGAACGAUGCCUCCUUUGCUGGUGAGUUAGAUGAUCUAGCUCACGAGGUGGCAGAGAUUCGACGCCAGUUGACUGAGCUGCGUGGCCCAGACCCUCCUGUAGAGCAUCCUCCCGGUUGGUGAUAGAUCUGUGUUGUUCACGAGAUCUCUUGUCUUAGUGUAUAUAUAUAUAUAUAUAUAUAUAUAUGUGAUUUUCCUUUCAGUCUUAUUUGAUACACUUGCUGCAUUCUCUGUUUUAUGCACUAUAGUACUAUUUACAUUGUGAUGACCUGACGUUCGUACUUAUAUAUAUAUAUAUAUAUAUAUAUAUAUAUAUAUAUAUAUAUAUAUAUAUAUGUUUGUGUUUUUCCCUUAUUUGUAAUUAUAUUGUUCUACUAAUGUUUUUGUUUUUCUGGUCAUCAUAACGAAAAAAAGAAGAAAAAAAAUUAUAUAUAAAUAUAUAUAUGUGUUCGCCUACAUAUGUAUAUAUAUUUUUAGAAAAAGAUAAAUAUAUAUAUAUUCCCUCUAUUGAUUUCCUUUGGUGGUCUGGUUACUUCUAUUGCUCGUUUAGAAGACAACGGUUUAACAUAAUUUCUCACCGUACGUCUUCAGGUAAAUUGCAAAUUCGGAGAUCUUCCUCACAGAAUUAAUUCUGAGCCCGAACACAUGAAAUAUAGUAAACCUCAAGACGGAGUUUUUGGCAUAUGGAUCACCUCAAAUUGAUUUAGCGGACAUAAGUUAUGAUUUUUCGAACCUUCGGAAGACAAUGGAACGGCAAAAUCGAAAUAUCAUAAACAAUUAAUUUUCUGCCACUUUCCUUAAUGAAUUGGCCUUCAAGCCACUUUCCGCGGGAACCGAACCCAUAUGACCUUCUAGUCGGGAGCUACGAAUUUUGCACUUGUGUCGCACGCUCGCGAAAAAUGAACAGAGUCGCCACCAAUAUAUUUAUCCCAUAAGGGAAAGGAAUAUCAGAUAACCUAACAAAGGAAGGAACAAGGUCUUGCGACCAGAGAUAGGGUACGGGAGUCGGUUACGCAAGGGGAAGGUACUAGCACCCCUCGCGCCCAUCGUACUCGAUGGUAUCCACCUAUGUUUGUUUCUAUCUAAAGGGUUUGUACUAUGUCUAUGUCUAAAUGUGAAUGCAUGCAAAAAGAAAUACGGGGAAAAGAAGGAAUAUUUACAAAUGUGUGUUCGUUCAAGCCCCGCGACUUGAUGCCUACGUAUCCUUUUCAGGAAUCAGAGCGCCGUAGUUCGGCUCCAUAGUUUUGUUUGUUUUUGUGUUUUUUAGUUGGGCGGCGUUAACGCUCGCGCUCUUGCAUAAGGGAUCGACCUAGGAUGCAAUGGAGCGGAGAUAACAAUGCCCUUAAGAAAGGAGAGAAAGAGAGAGAGUUUGAGCGUUUCGAGGAAAUCCCUAAAGCAAGGGAAACUCGAGUUACUCUUUGGUUUGUGUUUUUUAGAAUUUGGGAACUUACGCCCGAAUGGAACCCUAAAGCAAGGGAAAUCCAGGCACUCGAAUGAUUCCCUAAAGCAAGGGAGAUCCAAGCUUCCAUUCUCUUUUUAAUGAUUUUCACUUUGAUUAUUAGUGUUUUAAGUAUUUUCUUUGUAUUUUUUAAGGGGAAUUUAUUCAAGUAUUUUUAGAUGUUUUAUAGUUGAAAAAGAAAAAGAAACUAGCCUAAUAUGAAUGGGAAUUUCUACCUAAUAUUAUCAUGGUUUCUACCUAAGGUUAGGAUUUAAAAGAAGCAUGAAAAAUAAAGCGCUAAGUAGAAUAUUGAAAAUAGCAUGAAAAAGGACAAGUCAAAAUAUAGCACAAAGUGAAUUGAAAGUACUAUUAUUUUUAUGGUUUUAAUGAAAGAAAUGAGUUCAAAAGAUUAAUGUCAAAAUUAACCUAAAAUCUACUUAUUUUUAUGAGUUUUUUAAUAUGAAAAAUAUCAAUUAAAGGGACCAAGAUUAAUUCCUAAAAAUGAUCUAAAAGUCUAACAAAUUUUAUUGAUCUUAUUGUAUGUCCAUUUUUAUUACCUAAAAAAAGAAGAUAAAGAACUAUGUAAAAAAACAUAAAAACUAUCAAUUAACUAUGGGCUCAGGGGGGUCAGAUGUGAAAUCUAGUGGUGUAUGUUAAAGCAAAGGGCGCAGGCCCAAAGGACUGGCCCAGGGGGCGUUUUUUGUUGGCAGGAAAAAAGAAAUGUGCUGGGCCAUUGGGGGUGUGGAUAGCACAUCGUGUACAGGCCCAUGAGAUGGAAUUGAUCCAUAUGAUUUCAGGUUUUAUUAGAUUUUAUUAUUGAACAAUUAACCAUAUUAAUCAUCAUUUAAUCACACUAAGUAUCCAUUAUGUUUAUUAAGAAGAAGAUUAAAAACAAAUUGAAAUUGAAAUGGGAAAUAGGGUUACCAAUUGAGACUUCUGAGCUAUGAACGUCCUUCUCGUUCUUCAUAUGGCCGUAAACGGCGCGCCACCUCUCUCCUCCGAUUAUCUUCGACGUCGCCACAAAUUCACCGCCGUCUCCGCCUUACGCUCUUCUUCCGUCUAUCUCCGAUCUUUUCUUCCUCUGUCUUCCGCUUGUAUAUCUUCUUGGUGCGGAUGCGGAGUAAUACGCGUAGUUGUUGUCUGAUGUUGUGGAAUGCGUUCGAUGAUGCUUGAAAAUUGUAGAUGAUGUGUGAAGCUCGGCGAUGGUGGUUGUGGAGCGUCUCACAGAUUGUUGAAGCUUUGGAUUGAAUGGAUGGAUUGCAAGUUGAAGGCGCGUUGCGGGAUUGCGUAUCGCAGAUGGAGAAUUGAUGAUUGGAGCUAUGACCGAUUCGAAGAUAACUAUAAAUUCAAGUGAGCACGCUUUACUCUUUUCUUUUUUCUGAUUCACACUUCUUCUUCUCCUUCUUUUUCUUGAUAUUUUUCUGUUUUCUGAGUCUGAUGUGAUGUUAUCGUUGAGAGAGAGUGAGGUUAAGCUCAAUUUAAUGGAGCUUCUGAGGUUGAGGGAAAAGAGAGAAUCACGGAGGUGAAGGUUGGAUUGAUAGAGAGGAUUGGUUCUGGUUUUCUGAGCUUUGAUGAAAAUGAAGAAUGGAGAUGAGGGAGAUGAUGAUGGAGAUGAAGGAGAGUGAUUGCAGAGAAUGGUGAGAGAGUGGUGAACGUGAAGGUGAAAGGUGGAUGGUGAUUGAAAAAAAUGGCGUGAAGAUUGAAUUGUGGAGGGAGAUAGUUUAUAUAGAGUGUAGGUUCGGGAGAGUUUUUGGCUUGGAGAUAGGUUCGGUUUUAGUUAGAUAGGUUUGGAGUGAGGUUGGGAGAUGCUGACUAGGAAUGGAGGAAACUGAAUUAGUUAGAGGUUUGGAAGU